CUGCAUAAGGCAGUUUUUGAGGCAUGCGCCUCUUUCCUGAUGACAGACGAUAUUCGAAUGCAUUCGCCACAAAAAUCAACACUUCAAAUCAAAGUCUUUCGAAAGGAAACAGAAGACCAGCUUUUCAAAACGCCCAACUAAUCCAUGUGCUAAAAAUAAAUUGUCCUCUCGCAGCCACGGUAGUGUUGUGUAACAUGUUUUUAUUUUUAGCUAGUUAGCCCGGACCCAAGCUUUCUUGCUAAUAGCUUAGUUACUUCGGUACCGUAAUACCAAGGUGUUGUAAGGUACUUUAGCUAUCUAACUAGCAAUAUCCGAAGUGGACAUUUAUGCAUUUAGUAUAACUAAAGACAAAGAAAACAUGUUGUGCAGUUCGUGUGGGUAAUGUUGGCUCUUUUGCCUACUCUCGAGUUGUGUUCGCCAUCUAGCAGGCUGCAUAGGCGGGUUGUCAUUGCAAUAUUUUAUUUUGGUCCACGACUUUGAGUAAAUACUCUGCUCGUCUGCGACCGUCAUUUGAAAGAAAAAAAUGAGGCUAUUUAGGUUCGGCGUCAUACUGACUCCAGAAUGCACGGACGUAGAAGUGUUUGUGUUGGGGUCACGGCCGGAAAUGGGACACUGGGAUCCGAAUAAAGCCGUAAAGAUGAAACCGGCGAAUGCUGUCCUGUCCACGUGCGAGCCCUGCUUCUUCAUCGGCGAGGUUUUACUGUCGGAGCCGUAUAAAGAAACCUUCUGGUUUAAGUACAUAAAACGCGUCGGCGGCAACAUGACCUGGGAAGGCAACGGCCCCCACCACGACCGCAGCUGCGAGUACGACAAGAGCAACGUGGUGGACGGGGUCUACUGCCAGCCCGUGAGCCACUGGAUCGAGGCCGGCGGCCACACGGACGAGAUGAAGCACACCACCGACUUCUACUUCGGCGUGGCCGGCCACCAGGCCAUGCACUUCUCAAGGGUCCUCCCCAGGGUGUGGCUGGGCAGCUGCCCCCGGCGGGUGGAGCACGUGACGGUGAAGCUGAAGGAGGAGCUGGGUGUGACGGCCGUGCUCAACUUCCAGACGGAGUGGGAUGUGGUGAGCAACUCGCACGGGUGCCGGCGCGACACGUCCCGGGACAUGACCCCCGAAACCAUGGCCGACCUGUACAGGGACUGCGGCCUGGCCUACGUGUGGAUCCCCACCCCCGACAUGAGCACCGAAGGGAGGGCGCGCAUGCUCCCCCAGGCGGUCUUCCUCCUGCACGGUCUCCUUGACAACGGGCACACGGUGUACGUGCACUGCAACGCGGGCGUGGGCCGCUCCACGGCCGCCGUGUGCGGCCUGCUGCUCUACGUGCUGCGCUGGAGCCUGCGCAAGGUGCAGUACUACCUGACCGCCAGGAGGGCGGCGGUCUACAUCGACGAGGAGGCCCUGCUGCGCGCCGAGGGCGACUUCCUGCUCAAGUUUGGACGCCUCCGGCCCGCCGUCCACGACGUCGAGACGUGACCGGGGGUGUCCUGGAGGGGAGGUGUUUGGGGGGGGCGGAGCUUUGGGGCGCUCUGGUCAACGUUUGUUUUUCGGGAUUUAGGGGUGCAAGAGCAGUCCUGUGUCCUCACCCCCAGUCCUGUGCUGUGCUCUCGGCUUCUUAGUUUUUUUGCCCCCCCCAGCGUAGAAAAAGCCUCUAAAGUCCCCGUAAAGUGCGCUGUUUUGAUUCUGCAUGACGCCUUUUUUUGCCUUCCAAAGGGCACCGUUUGUUUUCAUUUCGUUUUCGGCGCGUGAGAGUUUGCCAGAGGGCAGAUUUAUUUUGGCGGGGCGUCGCAGCUCCUCCCCGCGAGUCUGAAAACCCGCUUGGCAUGGCGGGAGACGCCCUGGAGUCGCGGCGAACGAGUUCCGACACGCCGCUUAUCGCGGCGUCGCAGACGGCGUUCCGUGUUAAACGACCCUUCUGUCGUCCGUCAGCUUCAAUUUAUGACACGCGGCUACGCGUCACUCAUCCCCGGGAGAGAAACGAGGGGGGGCGUGGCUGAAUUCAGGGCUCGUCUUUUAACCAGUAACAUACGGCUUCGGUGCAUGCAGGAUCUCACAGGCAGCCGACACGUUCUCUUCAGAUCACGCUUAAGAGUUAAGAUAAUAAAUAUCGUAUUUUAACAGGAAUAAGUAACAUGGAACAGUGCCCUCUAAAACCCUCCAGCUCAUGACAGGUUUGACGGCUUUGGAAAAUAAACAUUUCUUUUUGUUAGUCGGACGCCGUCCUGUAUUACUGGUGACUAAAUAGUGGAUUCUCACCAUAAAGAGAUGUCUGACAGCUGCAGAGUUAUAGCUCUGGGGGGGUUACAGGAAGUGAUGCAAUCAGCGACAGCCGAAGGGGUCAUUCAGGAGGUCACGAGUCAGUUAGAAUUUAAAAAGAUGCAGGUCAGCAUGUUGAGAGGCCUUAGCAACAGAGAGGUCAGAAACAACGAGAGGUUAGCAACAGAGGUCAGAAAGAAAGAGAGGUUAGCAACAGAGAGGUUAGCAACAGAGAGAGGUUAGCAACAAAAAAAAAUGCUUUUCUCCUGAGAAUUUUUCCACAGGAAUUUUCUGAAUAGAAAAAUAUUAUUUCCGGCUCACGGCAACAAAAAUACUCCACGGUGUGUACCUGCUUUCUAGCAAAGCUCAAAUAAGGUGACUUCCCCUCCCCCGCCCCACCUCCCCCUCCCCACCCCCCUACCGUCCCGCACCAGCUGUGCUGUAAGAUAUUUGAACCUUAAUGUGUGCACAGAGAGCUGAGGAACCCGCAGGCUCCCGCGCUUCAAGCUCAAUCCGUCGGAUAAAAGCGACGCGCGGCAGGCUCCACUGUUUUCUCACGCUUGUUUACUUCUCUCUCUCUCUCGCACGCUGUAACGUAUUCAGGUGCGUCUCAUGAAUAACAAAAACGCCAAGCCUGACCCACUCCAAAGUGUGCUUCCCCCCCCCC